AUGUCUGUUUCAGAAGAAGCUGAGGUCAUUCCCUCGAAGGCCUCAGUCACUUUGGAUCUUCCUCCCAGCUGCAUUCAGCUCUCUCCCAAUCACCCAGAGUAUGUGGUGAUCGGCACAUACAACUUAGAGAAAGACCAAUCGCAAGCCUCGGAAGGUCAAGAAGCUGGGAGUAAGGAGGUCCAGAGUCGGAAUGGAAGUUUGGUGGUUUUCAGAGCCGAGGAUGACACACUAGCCCAUGUACAAACAGAGGCUUCUGCCUCUGCCCUCUUGGAUCUUCGCUUUCACCCCAGCGCAGACUUUGCCGGACUACUAGCUGUGGUUUCCAGUACCGCCGCGCUAUCAGUUUUCAGACUCGACCCAGAGUCCGACUCGUCAUCUCCAUUAAAGCACAUCGCCACAAGUAGAUGCGACGGCGUAGAGGAGGAUGUCUUGUUUCUCCAGUUCCAGUGGCACCCCGUACACCCCUACGUCAUUGGGGUCACAACUUCGACGGGGUCAGUUAUGCUCUUGCAGCUAAAUGAGGGAUGGGAAAUCGCAAAGUCAACGUCUUUGGACAUUGAAAACUCUCUCGAGGCCUGGUGUAUAGCUUUUAGCCCUCAGCCGAUGCCGAGCGCAGGUGGUGAGGAUACAGCGACGAGCGUGGUAUACGCCGGUGGCGACGAUUCCAAGCUGCGAUACAACAAUUACAGCGGAAUUAAGUCUCUGACCGCCGAGACGGAGUAUGCACCACAAACUGUGAGUGGGAAACACGAUGCAGGUGUCACAGCGAUCCUUCCUCUCGAUCUCCACGAACCGAAUGGCGGAAGACUCGUUCUCACAGGCAGCUAUGAUGAUACUCUGCGAUUGUUUGCCAUCCACGACCUGGACAAGUCCUAUGGAAUGAAGCGUGUAAAGCCUCUAAUAGAACAGAACCUAGGUGGUGGUGUCUGGAGACUUGAUCUAGUCGAGGCCAAAUCUUUGGAAGGCGGAGCAGCCAAGAUUAUCGUCCUUGCAUCCUGCAUGUAUGCCGGGGCGCGGCUGGUGGAGGUUGGGUCUACGGACAGUCAGGAGUGGUCUUGCAAGAUAUUGGCUCGGUUUGAGGAGCACAAAAGUAUGAAUUACGGUUGUACAUUCCGCUGGGAUCGGCAGGGGGGCAGCAGGACACUUUUAUGUCUGUCAACGAGCUUCUAUGAUAAAUUAUUCUGCCUCUGGAAGGUGGAUAUUGAAUAG